AUUUUAACAUAUUAUAGUAGCACAGUUUGCUAGCUAUGUCACUGUUACAAUAUUUUUUUAAAAAUGUAUUUUAUUAAAAUAAUAAUAAUUAAGAGCCUCAUUUUUUAUUUUAUUUUUAUCUUUAAUUAUUAAGAAGAGGUUGGUCGGUUGUUUAUCAACUAUGGAGGGCAAAAUGGUCAAUGCAUACUUGCUGCACUCCUACAACUGUACCGUCCCUCGCCUUGGCACUCCUCAAGGGAAGCAGCGCCAGCAGCUUCACUGCCGGCGGAGAGCGAUCGAGAUGGAGAAGAAUGUGGUGAUGAUCUGCUCUUUCGUGGGGUUCCUUGGCCUUCUCUCUUCUGCGCUCGGCUUCGCUGCCGAAGCCACCCGGAUCAAGGUUUCUGAUGUGCAAACAACUUUAGGUCAAUGCUCCUACCCAAAGAGCCCUGCACUAGCUCUUGGUUUAAUAGCAGCCACGGCACUUAUGAUAGCUCAAGCCAUUAUAAACUCUGUAGCUGGGUGCAUAUGUUGCAAGAAAUAUCCAAAUCCAUCCAAUACAAACUGGACAAUUGGAUUGAUCUCUUUCAUCACUUCUUGGAUUACUUUUAUAAUAGCCUUUGUUCUGCUAUUAAGUGGCGCGGCCCUAAAUGACCAAUGGGGACAAGAAAGAAUGUACUUUGGUGAGUACUGCUAUGUCGUCAAGGCCGGAGUGUUCACAGGAGGGGCAAUCUUGUCCCUUGCAAGUGUUUCACUAAGCAUCGUUUAUUAUGUUUCUGCUUCACUGCCAAAGACCACUCAGCCAUGGAAUCCACAACAAAACCAAGGCAUCGUAAUGGACCAACCCCAAGUUCAGAACCCAGUAUUUGUGCACGAGGAUACAUAUAACCGGCAGCAAUUCCCCUGAAUCCUGACAAAAAAAUUUCACUCAACCAUUUCGAAUUCCACUGAAGAUAUGGGUGUGUUUAGUUGCGCAAAGUGAUGGUUUUGUAUAAUAAUCCCUUCAUAAAAAAGAGUUGUUAUGCUAACAAAAAUGUAGCUUGUGAUUGAGGAAUGAACAACAUUCAAUAUUGUUCCCUUGAAAAGAAGGUGAUGUUUUGGAUCU